AUGGAAAAUUCCGAGAAAGAAGAGGCUCCUCGCGAGGCAUCGCCGGGAACUCCCCUAGUCCCGGCGACUCUGAACAACUCAGUCAGAAAUGCACCUGCCGCUGCAGUGGACGAACCCGUCCGGAAAGAAUCGAAGCCGUUGGUGCUCGAGGUUCGAGGCUUCCUGGAAGUCGUCGAUGUCAAGGGACCGCCCACCUUGAAUGUGCGGUCCGUUUCUCUCGCAGGCGUGCCCCGAAGACAGCUUACAAACCCUACGAGUCGCGAGGCCACGGCGGUCAAGUCUGCAGCGCCUCAGCGCAUCGGCAGCAAGGCAGAAGUGAAGAAAGAGGAAGAGGGAAAGGAAACAAGGCCGGUAAUUGCGAAGGCAAAGGUUACCCCGAAACAGCCUGCAGCAGCCGCGCCUGACGCGAAAGCCACGGAGCCUUUGGCGAAACCCAAAGUCCUCGUUAAAAAACAGGCGCCUACUCCCAAGCCCACUGGGGAGAAACAAGAGGAAAAAAAAGAAGAGGGACAGAAACCUGAGCAAGAUGAGAAGGACGCCCAGAAACCAGAACCAGUGAAGAAGGUGGUUCUUGUCAAGAAGGCCGCUCCCACGCCGAAGGAAGAGAAGAAGGAGGACGAGAAGAAGGCGGACGAGAAAAAGGCGGACGAGAAGGAGGAGGAGAAGAAGCCAGAGGCCAAGGCGAAGGUGGUUCUCGUGAAGAAGUCUGCUCCCAAGCCGAAGGAAGAGAAGAAAGAAGACGAGAAGAAGGAGGAGAAGGCAGACGAGCAGAAGCCGGACGAGGAGGAGGAGGAGAAGAAGCCGGAGGCCAAGGCGAAGGUGGUUCUCGUGAAGAAGGCUGCUCCCAAGCCGAAGGAAGAGAAGAAAGAAGAAGAGAAGAAGGAGGAGAAGGCAGACGAGCAGAAGGAGGACGAGAAGACGGUGGACGAGAAGAAGGAGGAGAAGAAGCCGGAGGCCAAGGCGAAGGUGGUUCUCGUGAAGAAGGCUGCUCCCAAGCCGAAGGAAGAGAAGAAGGAAGAAGAGAAGAAGGACGAGAAGAAGGCAGAAGAAAAGAAGGAAGAAGGAAAGGACGUUAAAAAGCCGGAGGCCAAGGCGAAGGUGGUUCUCGCGAAGAAGGCCGUUCCCAAGGCGAAGGAAGAGAAGAAAGACGAUAAGGGAAAUGCGGAGGCAAAGACACCAGCCAAGGUUGCUCUUCAGGCAAAAGAGAAGCCAGCAACGAAGGAGGAUGAUGUGACGGUGGAGAGGAAAGGCGAGGCUGUAAAAGGAGCAGCAGGCGAGGACACCGCAGUGGCCGCGGGGAAAGGCAAGGAGGCGGGCGUCAGUUCGCCUUUGGACCAGGCGACAAUGCUCAUUGAUCAACAGACGAAGGAAACUGCGAAGAACCAAGAGAAUGAGGCGAGGAAAGCGGAGGCGCUGAAAAAGGUAGUUGCCAAGAAGGCGGCAGCGAAACCCUCCCCCAAGGUCCCAGGGGAAGCCGCAGACAGCACGAAAGAAGCUGGAAAGGACGGCGCGAAAGACGCGAGCGGCGCUGAAGCUUCUGUGGUGAAGAAAGUCAUGAAGAAGGUGGCUGGGAAAGCCAGUGUAAAGAAGGCCGAUGCGCCACAAAAGUCGGCGGAAGCUGGAAAAGAGGAGAAAGAACCUGUCAAGGCUGUGGCGGCGAAGAAGGCACCAGCCAAGGCGAAGAAGGCUGCCGCAGGGAAGAAAUCCGAUUCCGCUGGAGAGUCCGAGGGGAAGAAGAAGGUGUCGGGCGCCGCGAAGGAGACCUCCUCUUCAGCCGACGAAGCCGCACCGAAAAAGGCCAAGAAAGCUGCCGCCAAGAAGGCAGUCAAAGUCGACUCCAAGGCGGCAGCAAAGAAGAAAGUCGUGCCCAACCUCAUGAAACGCGCGGGGAAAGACGAAAAGGCGAAGGACGCUGCCCCCAAGGCGGCGACUGAGAAGCAGAAGACUGCCAAGACGGCGGGUUCCGAGGCCGCUCCGAAGGCCUCACAGAAAGUCGCGAAGAAAACGGAGGCCAAGAAGACGGAGCUGAAGAAGGCGGAGGCAAAAACGACUUCGCCAGAUGAGGAGACGAACCCUAAGACAGAAGAGAAAGCAAAAGAACAACCCGACAGCACUGCUACUCCUCAGUCUGAAAAUGUGGGGCCGAAGGCAAAGACAGCAGCCGCCAAGAACGCGACGCCUGAGGAGGCGAAGAACAGCCCAGCUGAGCCUGAGCAAGCGAAGGAGGCGGCUAAAGGUGACAAAGAAUCGCGCCCCCAGGAGGCCGUCGAUGAGCAAGCCAAGACUGCGGACGCCCAGGCGGAUAGCGGCGACAAGGCCGGUGAAGGCGCCAUUGGGGCGGAAAGUCCUCCGGAGGUGGAGGAGCGCAUCCAGGCAGUGAAAAGCUUUGAGGAGGCGCCUGCACCCGCGGCAACGCACGCCGGCGCCCUGCAGCAAGGUUUCGCCAACGCGAACCAGCUGAACAUCACGCGAGGCCAGUCUAUCGCGAUCAUGCACGACCUCACAAAGGGACCAGUCCCCCAUGUCGCGGUCCUGCCUGAUCGCCACGUAUCCGAACCCCCAGUGAUGGAGCCGUCCACGGAGCACACAAUCAAGAAAGAAAUCGCGACGCCGGCCCCGCGACGCCAGAUGAAUUGGUGUCAGUGCUGCGUCUUUGAACGCCCGUCGGAUUACACUUACCAGACGAGGCCUCUUCCUCCCAGCGACAUUCUUGCUCAGCGGUUAGCGACGCCGGAUGUCCAGAGGCGCUUGGAACAGCAUUCCGCAUUCUUGAAGUAUCCAGGCAAUGUGUGGAUCCCGCCGGCGCGGAAAAGCCACAAAUCGAGCCGCGCUCACCGUCCACGAAAAAGCUCUAAGGCUGCCAAGUUUUUGCGGUGCCUCGGAGUACCCUGCUCGCUCCUCUGUCAGCCUACCCGAUCAAGCCUUGAGGCAGAGAACGACUUCCGACCGAAACGCUCGACGGCGACGAAGUUGCCUGCUGAUGCUGGCGCAAGCAAAACAAAGCAGGAAGCCGCUGCGGCUACUGGCUCUGCAGAAGUGACAGAGAGUCAGUCCGCAGCCAACGCGCAACUUGCUGACGCUUCAUCUCAGCAACAGUGGCAAGGCUAUUAUGACGAGAACGGCCAGUGGGUUUCGACGAACCAGGGCGGAUACUAUGACGAGAACGGCCAGUGGAUUUCGACGAACCAGGGCGGAUACUAUGACGAGAACGGCCAGUGGAUUUCGACGAACCAGGGCGGAUACUAUGACGAGAACGGCCAGUGGAUUUCGACGAACCAGGGCGGAUACUAUGACGAGAACGGCCAGUGGAUUUCGACGAACCAGGGCGGAUACUAUGACGAGAACGGCCAGUGGAUUUCGACGAACCAGGGCGGAUACUAUGACGAGAACGGCCAGUGGAUUUCGACGAACCAGGAUGGGUACUACGAUGGGAACGGCCAGUGGGUUUCGACGAACCAGGGCGGGUCUCAAAAUGACGCCGGGUACUACGACGAAAAGGGUAACUGGGUGUGGACAAAUCUCACUCAGACUAGUACGAACUACAACGGUCCCAGCGCCGAUCAGGAUUACAGUGGGCAGUGGGGUGAGGAUGCCAACGCAAAGUCGGGAGUGGAGGGAGAACAGGACCAGAACACUGAGUGGGGACAGGAGCAAUCUGCUUAUGUGUAA